GGUCAGAGGCGAGGCGUGGCUUAAGGUCCGGGGAGGGGGCGGGGGGUAAUCACCGUAUAUCAAGGCAAGGGAGCUGGCCCACAAGCCGAGCUGCCACCAGCUGGUUCCCGGGUCGGGUGGGUCCUCCCCUAGGCGGCCCCAUGGAGCGCUCUCCGGGGGGGGGCUCCAGCUCUCCGGAGCAGCCCCCAACUCCCGCCGACGCCGCUGGGCAGCCUCCUGCCGCCCCCCCGGAGCCGGACUUGGGUCCGGGGAUCCCGCCCGCUGGCCCGGGUGCGGCUAGCGAGGCGCUGGCGGUAUUGACUUCCUUCGGGCGGCGCUUGUUAGUGUUGGUGCCGGUGUACCUGGCGGGCGCCGCGGGUGUCAGCGUGGGCUUCGUGCUGUUCGGCCUCGCCCUCUACCUGGGCUGGCGCCGGGUCCGCGACCAGAAAGAACGCAGCCUGCGGGCGGCGAGGCAGCUCCUGGACGACGAGGAACGGAUCACCGCCAAGACGCUGUAUAUGAGCCACCGGGAACUGCCUGCCUGGGUCAGCUUCCCAGACGUGGAAAAGGCUGAAUGGCUGAACAAGAUUGUGGCCCAGGUGUGGCCCUUCCUAGGUCAGUACAUGGAAAAGCUUCUGACUGAAACUGUGGCCCCAGCUGUUCGGGGGUCUAAUCCCCAUCUGCAAACAUUCACAUUUACACGAGUGGAACUGGGUGAAAAGCCCUUACGCAUUGUAGGGGUCAAGGUUCACCCCAGUCAAAGAAAAGACCAAAUCCUUCUGGACAUGAAUGUCAGCUAUGUAGGUGACUUGCAGAUUGAUGUGGAAGUAAAGAAAUAUUUCUGCAAAGCAGGAGUCAAGGGCAUGCAGCUACAUGGAGUGUUACGGGUGAUUCUUGAGCCACUCACGGGGGACCUUCCUAUUGUGGGGGCUGUGUCGAUGUUCUUUAUCAAACGCCCGACACUUGACAUCAACUGGACAGGGAUGACCAACCUGCUGGAUAUUCCAGGACUUAGCUCUCUCUCUGAUACCAUGAUCAUGGAUUCUAUUGCUGCCUUCCUGGUGUUGCCCAACCGACUGUUAGUUCCCCUUGUGCCUGACCUUCAAGAUGUGGCCCAGCUGCGUUCCCCUCUACCCAGGGGCAUCAUUCGGAUUCACCUUCUGGCAGCUCGAGGGCUGAGCUCCAAGGACAAAUAUGUGAAAGGCCUGAUUGAGGGCAAAUCAGACCCCUAUGCCCUUGUGCGUGUGGGCACGCAGACAUUCUGCAGUCGCGUCAUUAAUGAGGAACUCAACCCUCAAUGGGGAGAGACUUAUGAGGUGAUAGUACAUGAGGUCCCAGGCCAGGAAGUCGAGGUGGAGGUGUUUGACAAAGAUCCGGAUAAAGAUGACUUUCUGGGCAGAAUGAAGCUAGAUGUAGGGAAGGUAUUACAGGCUGGAGUACUGGAUGAUUGGUACCCUCUACAAGGUGGGCAAGGCCAGGUUCACUUGAGGCUGGAAUGGCUAUCACUUUUGCCAAAUGCAGAAAAACUGGAGCAGGUUCUGCAGUGGAAUCGAGGAAUCUCCUCUCAACCAGACCCCCCAUCAGCUGCCAUCCUAGUUGUCUACUUGGAUCGAGCCCAGGAUCUUCCUCUGAAGAAGGGGAACAAGGAACCCAACCCUGUGGUGCAGCUGUCAGUUCAAGAUGUGACCCAGGAGAGCAAGGCCACCUACAGCACCAACUGCCCAGUGUGGGAAGAGGCUUUCCGGUUUUUCCUGCAAGACCCUCGAAGCCAGGAGCUUGAUGUGCAGGUGAAGGAUGACUCCAGGGCCCUGACUCUGGGGGCGCUGACCCUGCCUCUGGCUCGUCUGCUGACUGCCCCAGAACUCACCCUGGACCAGUGGUUCCAGCUCAGCAGCUCAGGCCCAAACUCUAGGCUCUACAUGAAACUGGUCAUGCGGAUCUUGUACUUGGACUCCUCAGAAAUCUGCUUCCCCACUGUGCCAAGUGCUUGGGAUCUGGACAAUGAGAGCUCUCAGAUAGGCAGCAGUGUAGAUGCCCCCCCUCGACCCUGUCACACCACUCCUGACAGCCACUUUGGGACUGAGAAUGUUCUUCGGAUCCAUGUGUUAGAGGCUCAGGACCUAAUUGCCAAAGACCGUUUCUUGGGGGGAUUGGUGAAGGGCAAAUCAGACCCCUAUGUCAAACUGAAGGUGGCAGGACGAAGCUUCCGGAGCCAUGUUGUUCGGGAAGAUCUCAACCCCCGCUGGAAUGAAGUUUUUGAGGUGGUUGUCACAUCAGUUCCAGGCCAAGAGCUAGAGGUUGACAUCUUUGACAAGGACUUGGACAAAGAUGACUUUCUGGGCAGGUGUAAAGUUGGUCUCUCCAUGGUCCUCAACAGUGGCUUCUUUGAUGAGUGGCUGACCCUGGAGGAUGUCCCAUCUGGCCGCCUGCACUUGCGCCUGGAGCGUCUGACCCCCAGGCCCACUGCUGCUGAGUUAGAGGAGGUGCUGCAGGUAAACAGUCUGAUCCAGACUCAGAAGAGCUCAGAGCUGGCUGCAGCCCUGUUGUCUGUGUACCUGGAACGGGCAGAGGGCCUACCGCUUCGAAAAGGCACCAAGCCUCCUAGCCCUUAUGCCACUCUCACUGUGGGAGAGACUUCCCACAAAACCAAGACUGUUUCCCAAACUGCAGCCCCUGUCUGGGAUGAGAGUGCCUCCUUUCUCAUCAGGAAGCCUCAUGCUGAGAGCCUGGAGCUGCAGGUUCGGGGUGAAGGGUCUGGUACCCUGGGCUCCUUAUCCCUGCCCCUCUCGGAGCUUCUGGAGUCUGACCGGCUCUGCUUGGACCACUGGUUUGCGCUCACUAACGGCCAGGGGCAGGUGCUCCUGAGAGCACAACUAGGAAUCCUGGUGUCUCAGCACUCAGGAGUGGAAGCCCAUAGCCACAGUUACAGCCGCAGCUCCUCCUCUCUGAGUGAAGAACCAGAGCUCUUGGGGGGACCCUCUCAUAGUACCUCCUCAGGCCCAGAGGUUCGGCAUCGCCUAACACUUGGUGACAGUCCCUUUGAGGUUCCCAUUGGACCUCUUGGCCAGGUGAAGCUGACAGUGUGGUACCACAGUGAUGAGCAAAAGCUGGUCAGCAUUGUUCACAGCUGCCGGGCCCUUCGACAAAAUGGCCGUGAUCUCCCAGACCCCUAUGUGUCACUGUUGCUAUUGCCAGACAAGAACCGAGGUACCAAGAGGAAGACCUCACAGAAGAAGAGGACUCUCAAUCCUGAGUUCAAUGAGCGGUUUGAGUGGGAGCUGCCCCUGGAUGGGUCUCUCAGACGAAAGCUAGAUGUCUCUGUGAAGUCAAAUUCCUCCUUCAUGUCAAGAGAGCGUGAACUUCUGGGGAAGGUGCAGCUGGAUCUAGCUGAGAUAGACCUUUCCCAGGGUGCAGCCCAGUGGUAUGACCUGAUGGAUGACAAAGACAAGGGCAGCUCCUAGGAACUGGUGAUAACCAGCCUGACUUUGCUGUCUUCUUGCCUCUUGCUGCAUCACCACCACAGUGUGAUGAGCCUACAGCUCGGGCUUCCUGGCUGAGCCUGUGCCCUUCAGCCCUUUUGCCUUCUGGACCCGUAUUAGGGCCUUUGCCUGACCAAAGAGGACCAUAUGUUACCCUUUACUGCACGGCCUUUAUCUUUCAGGCUCCUAGGGCAGGGACCUGAGCUGGCUAUUUCCUGCUCUGCCUGCACAUUGUUCUCCCUCCCAACUCCUCAGGGCCUUCUGUACCUGUGCCUGGCCACUGGCAGCACUAGCAGUGGCAUUAGCUCAUGCCAAAUACAGCUUUUGGAAAGCUCUUCUUUUUUUUAUAUACAUAAUAAAAAUAUAGAAAACCAGAAUGAUUCACGAAUUUGCAUGUCAUCCUUGCACAGGGCAAUGCUAAUCUUGUAUUUAGUCUAUGUGCUGCUGAAACCAGUAAAAGAUCUUUCUUUAACUGCAUGGCCAUCAUCUUCCCUGCUGUGAGCAGUCAGGAAGGAUAGACAUGGGGGGUGGGAUGGUAGACAGGCUAGCCUCUCAAGCUCUGAGCCUCUUGAACUGCAUAUAUCCAAAAUGUACAGCAGCCCCAGCCCCAUGCCCAGUUUCACCCUCACCUUACUCAAACCUGUUCUGAAAAUAUACCUGCUAUGAUGGCUGUGAUCAGGCUCCUGGUUGGUUUUGUGAAUUGAAGCACUUGGAUCCUAUCCAAACCUUUAAGUAGUUACAGGUUGGUUUUGGAACCCUAAGCUGGUAAUAUACAGAUGACAAGAAAGGGCUCGGGACAGCAGGGCCAAUUUCUUUGUCCAAGUGCCUAGGUUACAAACUCACUGUCUAGAACUGAAUCUGAUACUCUGGGUUUUGCACCAACUCUGUCUAUCCACUGUAUCUUGCAUUAAAUGUUAGAUUCAAACCAA